GUGGCACUUAUUAAGGAAAUGCACUGCUAUCAGUUUCCUUGGAGGUGGUUCGUCUCAGCCACAGUACACAAAAAAAUGCAUGAAAGCAAAAGUGGGGCCAAUGCACAGGUGGUUUACACUCUGCAAGUGUACUGUUUCCAAAUGCUGAAGUUUCUGGACCAGGCGACAGAGGCAGACGAGAGUGUCUGUAAUAUUGAGAGCACAGAGAGGGGAAGUGAACAUGCUACACCAAUAUUGGAAGAAAUGUUUGAGCACGAGAUGCGAGAGCCUUCUGUUUCAUGCCGUGAGCCACAGCCACAGCCCCAGCAUCAAGAGCGGCCUCCCACAAAAAGGAAAGGCACGGCAGACGUUGCAACAGACGUCAUUGUGAAGGCCACCAGGACAUUGAAGGCUGUGGCUGAUAUGGCCAGAACUCUGCCCCAGCCUGUCCAAGAAGACCAAUACAGUGCCCUUGCCACCCACAUCGCAGCUGAACUGAGUGAGAUGGAUAAUGUGGGUGCUAUAUUUGAUCUCAAGAACAUUAAACAGCUAGUAACAGAUGAUGCUAUGUGA